AUGAAAAUCAGUGACAAGAUCAUCCGCGCCGAGGAGGAGGGUCGCCCAUUCUGGUCCUUCGAGUACUUCCCCCCGAAGACCACCGCCGGUGUCCAGAAUCUGUUUGAGCGCAUGGAGCGCAUGUACAAUCUCGGCCCUGAAUUCGUCGAUAUCACUUGGAACGCAGGCGGCACAUCCUCGGACCUCACUACAGAGCUGGUCGCGACCGCACAGAGUGUCUAUGGCCUCGAGACCUGCAUGCACCUUACAUGUACCAACAUGCCCAAGGAAAAAAUCGACAUUGCUCUCAAAGCAGCCAAGGAUUGCGGUAACCAAAACAUACUCGCUCUUCGAGGUGACCCACCCCGAGGUCAGGAACAGUGGAUCUCUUGUGACAACGGCUUUUCCUACGCCUCCGACCUAGUGGCCUACAUUCGCCAGCAGUACGGCGACUAUUUUUCGAUUGGCGUGGCUGGCUACCCCGAAAAACAUUUAGACUCGGCCGACGCAGAGGAGGAUUUCAAAUGGCUGAAGUUCAAGGUGGAUCAGGGUGCAGAUUUUGUUGUCACGCAAUUGUUUUACGACACUGGCCUGUUCAUCAACUGGGUUAAGGAGUGCCGGCAGCGCGGGAUUACGGUUCCAAUCUUGCCUGGUAUCAUGCCUAUACAAAACUUUGGCGGCUUUACGAGAAUGACGGCUUUGUGCAAAACAUACGUCCCGGACCAUAUCAGGAAUGCUCUGGAGCCCAUCAAGGAAGACGACCAGGCGGUGAAGGACUAUGGCGUCAAGUUGGCAAUCGAGAUGUGCCGGGAGAUCAAGGCUGCAGGAAUCAAUGGGUUUCAUUUUUACACCCUUAAUCUUGAGAAAUCCACUAGGCUCAUCCUUGAAGGACUGAACUUUGUUGCGCCGCGUGAGAACGUCCGUCAGCUGCCAUGGAACCCAUCCUUGUCCAAAAAGCGUGAGAAGGAGAAUGUUCGGCCUAUCUUUUGGAAGAACAGAAUCAAGUCCUAUAUUACCCGUACGGAGGCAUGGGACGAGUUCCCGAACGGUCGCUGGGGAGACUCUCGCUCGCCAGCAUUUGGAGAACUGGAUGGCUACGGUACUUCGCUCAAGGUCCCCGCAAAGGAAGCUUUGGAGAUGUGGGGUUAUCCUCAGGACCCUGAUGAUGUGGCGGAUCUCUUUGCAAAAUACUGUCGUGGAGAGAUCAAGUCGAUUCCUUGGAGUGACGAGAGUUCGCUUUAUCCUGAGACGGAUGCGAUCAGGGAUACUUUGGCGAAUUUGAAUCGACGUGGUUACUUGACCAUCAAUUCCCAGCCUGCCGUUAAUGGUGUGCGCUCGGACGACAAGGUCCAUGGAUGGGGACCAAAGAAUGGAUACGUCUACCAAAAGGCGUACCUCGAAUUCUUUAUUUCGCCCGAGAACUUGAGUGAACUGGUCAGGAGGAUUGAGGAUGAACUCCAGAUUACAUACUACGCCGUCAACAGGCGCGGCGAUCUCCGGACGAACAGUCAGAAUGAUGGACCAAAUGCCGUUACAUGGGGUGUAUUUGUUGGCAAGGAAAUUGUACAGCCAACCGUGGUCGAAGUUGUCAGCUUCAUGGCUUGGAAGGACGAGGCGUUCGAGUUGUGGUCAGAAUGGUCAAAGAUUUAUACGCCAUCAACAACGCCGGCGAAAGUGAUCAAUGCCAUUCGGGACGAAUGGUACCUGAUCAAUAUUGUGCACAAUGAUUUUCAGGAUCAGGAUGGUCUCUUCCGCGUCCUAGACUCGGUCAAGACUGCGAACAACUCAGCUUUGAUUGCGAACGGCCUUGCGUGA